UCGAGGUCCACAGUUCUCGUUCAACAUAGAAGUUCCUCGAACUCAGGAGAGCAGACUUCUCGGCAUCAAAGACCGCAUAAAGAUGGCCAAAGGCUCGUUGAAUCUUACAAAAGCGACGACAAGCACACAGAAUGCAGAUUUGAUGGAAGCUCUUCUGUUAGCUUUUGAGGAGAAAAUUGAGAGGAAAUGACUGACAUCGAGCGAUCUGAGCUUAUCAUCAACGGGAAGUCCGAAAUACACCAUCCACAACUGCACGGUUUUCAAUUCCUUCAGCUUCUUCCACUCCAUCUUCGCGUAUUUCUUUGCCUUUUGCUGAUCCUUUUUCUCCAAUUUCUCCUCCAAGCAGAACGUACGCCACAAAGAAUGCAAAUCACUGCAUCUUCAGCAGAGAACGACUCCUUAUAUCUCUGCAGUGAAGAAUCUCCGCGAACUCUGUUUUCUUUUUUCUCUAAUACGCUAACGACAUCAUGUUUUUAUUGUGGAAAACCCCUCGGUUGUGAGUCACUUGUCUUCAAUCGACAGAGUCAUGUAGUGUCAGUGACAAUUUCAUGUGUUGGUGGAGAUUCUUUCAAGUGGCUCUCCUCCCCUAUCAUGGGAGGAUCUCCUCCAAAGUACUAUGUAAAUUUGAGAUUGGUUCAUGGAGUAUUGUCCUGUGGCUUGACAGAGACAGAAUACACAAGUUUCUGUCAAGCAGUCAACAUCGGGUCAGAGGGAGAAAAGACCUCCAACACAGCAGUCUUGAAAAAGCUCAGUUACUUGACAGUCGUGAAGAGGGUCUCCAAUGAGUCGAUGUUGGCUGCUCAAGAACAAGUGAAGAGUAACCCUGCAUAUGCUGUGAAUGGAGAGGACCAAAAAGGUGUUAGCAGUUGUCAACUGGAGUAGGGCCAAUGAAACUUCAGCAGUAAGCCGUGAGGUCCCUAUGACAAAAGAGCUGCUGACUUAUCUCUCUGAGACACAAGGUGCAAAGUCUGUGACUAAAGCAAUGAAGGAAGUUGCCUCAGGGGCCCAGAGGGAUGAGGGCUCAAAGUGGUUUUUUGAAUUGUUCGACAAAGUGAAAAGUACAAGGACUCUUGUGUACUUCUGCAUGAAGAACAGUCCACCCAAUGAAGAAGAAUUUCAGGGUACACUGUUGAAUGUAGUUGACCAUUACCAGGGAAAUCAUGUCAGAUGCCAUGCGGAGUCACGGUGCAAGCAGAAUGGCUAUGUGAUGAGCAAAAAACUUUUAACUAAACCUGAAGUAGUAGCUGCAUGCAGGGAAGCCAUUAUGGGCACUUCAAUUUAUAGGCAUGCAUCGGACUACAUGCGGUGCAGGGAAACAUAUUGGAUUGAGUCUCUCCAUUCAGUGAUGCUCAUUUAUGCUGCAAAGCGGAUUCAUUAUGGGGAUGACACA